AUGACCAAAGUUCUUAGAUUCACCUAUACAAGAACACCAAGGAAAAGUUUCCCAUUUACCGAGAACGCCGAACCGAUGGAGCCAAAACCAAAACCUGUGCUUGUAAAACAAAGUACCACAAAUCAACUAAUCACUAUCAUAACACAAUCAAUCAGAAUUACCGAUGAGAAAGUUGUUGAGAUCUAUCAUCCUGACCCAACAAUCUAUUUAAUUUCAGGUUUUGGUUCAGUGGGACUAAAUGUUUCAAUUUAUAACCCAUUGACUCGUCAUGCCAGUAUUGUUGUUAAUGAUGAAUCAUACUCACAAAUUUCUGUAUUUAGUACUUUGCUACUCACACCACCAAAGAUUGUUUUCAUUUCUGGAUAUUUUUGGCCAGAUAAUUCUCUUCAUAAUUGUACAUUGAAUCACUAUGAUUUAGAAACAAAUUCGAUCAUAUCAACAUUCACUUUGCCCGUCGUAUCAGAGCCAGCAUUCUAUUUAUGGCAGACCGCUCAAUUAUCAUCGAAUCAGAGUCAAUUCUUUGUUGUACUAUCAAAAGGAAAUGGUAUUACAGAAUUACAGACAUUUAAUUUGGCUGACGGAUCACCAACAGGUUUCAGCGUAACACUACCUCAAAUUGGUUUCAGUGACCCCAGUUUGGUAAUUUCUGAAAUAUUAAUUGAUCCCACUUUACAAGUUACCUAUGUAUGGGUUGGAUUCCCUGGAGAAAUACCAGAUUUAUUAUCAACUGCCGAAAACAACAACAACAACAACUACGAAAAAGAUAAAAACAAUGAAAUUAAAGAUCGUCAUGACGAUUCAACAGUAUUAUAUUGUGUGGAUUUAAAUAGUGAAACAAUGACAAAGACACUCGAUCUUACAUCAAAAUUCCCUGAUGAAGCAGCAGGAUUUUCAUUAUCUGAUGGUAUCAUACAGCCAGAUGGUACGAUAGUUACAUAUGGUAUACCACUUGUCAAGUCAGCUUACUGUUUACCUGCAGUUAUGACGUUUGACCCAACAACAGGUUCAAUAAGAAUUGGUGACAUAUUGGAAAUAUAUGAAUCUGGUUUUUAUGCUGGAGCAACUCAUGAUAAUGUAAUCUAUAUGUUGAUUAUUGAUAUCCAAGGUCCUCUUCCAGCUGGUUUAACAUUGAUUGGAUAUAAUAUAACUAGUAGUCAAUUCGUUUUAAAUGUGCCCGAUUCAGCUAUUCCAUCAUUUUAUGAUUUAAUCAUUAUUUAA